AUGCGUUUACUGAGCACCCAUAAGAUCGAAUUGGUGGAAUUUCCGCCAGACCGCAUCCCCGACUAUGCAAUCCUGUCCCACACCUGGGGAGAGGAGGAAAUUCUUUUCACAGAUAUGCAAAAUCACACCGGACACACAAAAUCUUCGUGGUCAAAGGUUCAAGGAGCAUGUGCACAAGCGCGAGCCGAUGGGUUUGGCUACAUCUGGAUUGAUACCUGCUGCAUCGACAAGAGUAGCAGUGCGGAGCUAUCCGAGGCGAUUAAUUCCAUGUUCACAUGGUAUGCCAACGCUGCGGUCUGUUACGCGUAUCUGUCCGAUGUCAUAGUCCAUAAUAAAGUAGAAUUGGGUUUGACUGAGUUUGAACAAAGCAGAUGGUUCACUCAUGGAUGGACCCUACAAGAGCUGCUGGCGCCCUCCGAGGUUGUGUUUUUCUCAAAAGACUGGGUUCGCUUUGGAGAGCGAUGCAGCUUAGCUCCCAGGCUGACGAAUAUCACACGUAUCGACGAGGCCGUUCUAAGUCGUGAGUUACCGGGUUUUGAAAAGAGCAUAGCGCAACGCAUGUCAUGGGCUGCUAGGCGUCAAACUACCCGGCCAGAGGACAUGGCCUACUGCCUGAUGGGAAUAUUUUCUGUCAACAUGCCUAUGCUAUACGGCGAGGGAGGAGGAAAAGCUUUUCUUCGCCUACAGGAAGAGAUCAUGAAGUAA